AUGUCAGGAUAUCUCCAGGAGGCGUAUCUCUGGACGAAGCAGGUUCUGUCCAUCAUGGAGAAGUCCUUGGUGAUCCUGCAGGAGAUCAAAGAUGGUUCUCUGGAUGAAGGCGUGGCCUACGCCAGCUACACCACACGCUCUCUGUUCCAGUACAUGUUUCUAGUGCAGCGCCAUUUUGAAAUCAGCCACUUCCACCAUCCCUGGCUCCUCCAGCAUUUCGCCUUCCUCUACCGGACCAUCCUGCCAGGCUUCCAGAGGACCGUGGGGAUUGCUGAUUCCAACUACAACUGGUUCUAUGGUCCUGAGAGCCAGCUGGUGUUCCUGGACAGAUUUGUGCUGCGUAACGGCAGUGGGAACUGGUUGGCAGAGAAGAUCCGUCAGAACAGAGUCACAGAGGGACCAGGACAGCCGGCCAGGAGCCAGCGCUGGUGCACACUGCACACAGAGUUCUUAUGGUAUGACCCCAGCCUCUCUCCAGCGCCCCCUUCUGACUAUGGCACCUCUCAGCUGCACUAUUUCGAAGACUGGGGCGUUGUGACUUAUGGUAGUGCUUUACCAGCAAAGACCAGCAACACCUUCCUCUCCUUCAAGUCGGGGAAACUGGGCGGCCGUGCCAUGUACGACAUCGUCCACAAGAGCAAGUACAAGGAGUGGGUGAGGGGCUGGAGGAACUUUAACGCCGGCCACGAACACCCGGACCAGAACUCCUUCACCUUUGCACCGAAUGGAGUCCCGUUCAUCACCGAAGCCCUGUACGGUCCCAAGUACACGCUGCUAAACAACGCUGUGUUGUUUGGCUCGGACGUCUCAGGAGCCUGCUUCAAGCCCUGGGCAGGACAGAUCACCGAAUCCUGCGACUCCAAGUGGCUCAAGUAUAAAACGGGGCAGGCGGCGGACUCCCAAGGCCAGGUGGAGGUGGCCAUGCAGAGGCAAGACAUGGUGUUCGUCCGCGGAGAGGGCAGCGCGGCCUACAACCCCGAGCUGAAGGUGCGCAGCUUUCAGAGGAACCUGCUGCUGCUGCACCCCCAGCUCCUGCUGCUGGUGGAUCACUUCGCUCUGGCUCAGGACAGUCCCAGCCGAGCCAUGAGCGCCUUCUUCCACAACACCGAGCUGGCCUUUAGUGGGAUCAGAAAGGGCUCGAUGCACGGCGCGUUUGUCAGGCACGAUAAGGACAAGUACAAGAUGUUCUGGGUGGACGAUACAGGCUUCAGUAACAAGGGGACGGUGGGAUUCUGGAAGUACCCUGCGAACUUUGGCUACAACGGCUCAAACUAUGUGAACGUGACUGCGGCCCUACGAUACCCUUUCUCCAGGAUGGUAUACGCGCUGGUGGGUCCAGGGGUGGAGCUACAGUCUCUGAGAGUGCGUGGGGACGAUCAGAGGUUGGACAUUCGCGUAUCCACCAAACAACAGACGUACACCGUGCACUUGGUGACCGGAGAGGUGCCGUCGAGUCCUCUGUACGCCAUGAUCCUGAGCGACCACAAGAAGGUGGUGUUUGAGAGGACUGUGGCUGAGGCAGAGCGCCCCCCGGCUGAGGUGGAGGAGUACGUCAACCUGGUGGAGGACAAUCUGCAGCACGUGAAGCCAGUGUUCCAGCAGAUGGAAAGGCACAUCCUGAGCCGGGUUCUCAACAGUGCCACCUUCAGGAGGACCGCGGAACGCCUCCUGCAGUUCUCAGACAAGAAGAAAACUGAGGGGAUUGUCGAAAAGAUGUUUGCGAAGUCGAAGAACAAACAAGGACGUGCAAAAGGCGGGAGGAGAUUGAACCUGGGAUAUAAGCUGUCGGAGAAUCUACCCGACAUUUUUGCACAAAUUGAGUUAAGUGAGAAAAGAGACAGACAGAGGACGUUCCGACGAGUUUACGAAGACAAUCCUGAGAGCAAUGUGGACUCUCAUCUUUUUAUAGACUACGCAGACAAAAAGGGAGGGUUAGCUCGACCGCAGGCUAAAGACUCGGAGGCGGACCCUGGGGAGUCCCUGAGCCACACAGGGGUCUACAUCCGGCUGUUUCUCCUCAUGAACACCGGAACCUUCUUCCUGCUGCUGGCGGUGCUGGUGACUCGCUUCCAGGGAGGACACAGUUUGCACACGCACCGCUACUUCUACAGCAUCCUCCUCAUCGACAGCUGCAUCCUCCUCUUUCUCUUCUCCUCCUGCUCCCACUCCCAAUGCUAA